AAAGAAAAAAAAAAAAAAAAAAACCUCUUUCCCCACUCAUCUCACAAAGUAAUCAUGGCUCCAACUGGAGAUCCUUCACCCGAUGCUCUCACCAUCACUCUGGGUACUCGAAAAUCCCAGCUGGCUAUGGUGCAAACUUACCAUGUUCGCGAUGCCUUGCAAAGGCUCUAUCCCAAGUACCACUUUCCCAUCGUCCCCAUGUCCACCACAGGAGACAAAAUCCUAGAUGUAGCCUUGUUCAAGAUUGGUGAAAAGUCCGUCUUCACUAAGGAAUUGGAGUUGGCAUUGCAUGAAAAAAAGGUCGACUUGGUGGUACAUAGUUUGAAAGAUCUGCCCACCACUCUUCCCCCUGGCAUGUUGUUAGGAGCGGUGAUGGAGAGAGAAAAUCCUCAUGAUGCUGUGGUUUUCAAUGCAAAGUUCAAGGACCAUACCCUUGAAUCUCUUCCGGCCGGUAGUGUCAUUGGUACCAGCAGUGUUCGUCGCAUUGCUCAGUUGAAACGCAGAUUCCCUACUUUGGAGUUCCAAGAUAUUCGUGGUAACCUUAACACUCGCCUCGCCAAAUUGGAUGCCGAUGACAGUCCUUUUGCUGGUAUUGUCCUCGCUGUGGCUGGAUUGAAUCGCAUUGAUAUGGGUCAUCGUAUCUCUCAAAUUCUGGACCCUUCCUUGUCUCUCCACGCUGUCUCUCAGGGAGCCUUGGGCGUAGAGUGUCGUGAAGCUGAUACUCGUAUCAUUGAACUGCUCGCUCCUCUUAACCACUUUGAAACUCGUGUUCGAUGCACCAGCGAGCGAAGUUUGAUGCGUACUCUCGAAGGUGGCUGCAGUGUCCCUAUCGGAGUCAACUCCCGUUUCGAAGGCAGGACCCUUCAUUUGCGUGGCCUGGUCGCUAGCGUUGAUGGUAAACAGGUGGCUGAAGACGAUGCCGAUAUCGAAAUACCCGACGACGCCAGUGCUGAGACGUAUGCUAAUGAAUUGGGCGAAUUAGUCGCUAAGAAGUUGUUGGACUUGGGAGCUCGUGAAAUCCUCGAUCAGAUCCACCACUGAUAUACCACACCGUUUUCCUUUCUUUUUCCCUGUGUACGCCUUGUGUUUCUUUUUUUUAUUGUACCUUUCUCUUUAAAAAUUACUUUCUUUCUACAUAUCAUCCAUAUUUAACCUUUUUUCUUCUUCAUUUGAUGUACCAUAACGCUACUUAGAAACAGAAAGACCAUCAACGACAAGAAAAAAAGGUGGGACUUCACACACGCAUACACACACCCCGCUAUGGAAUUUAGUUUUGCUUUUCACCGCCUUGUUUAAUAGUGGUAGCCCUAGUUAUGAAUCAUUUAUUAUGGGGGUGAACGAAAAUUAUAAAAUAAAAUGGAUUCGACUUUAGAAGUAACAUGGAGUUUUG